GAUAUUAUUACGGUACAACUUGCAGCUUCUCAAAGCACUUUAUUCAUCUGAAACGGGUGUAGCGUGAGGGUGCCAGAUCGUAGUUUACACAGUAAUCUCAUUGUUCGGUGGAUUCAUUCAUAGAUUCCUGUUGGUUUUUGCUCAGUAUGAUGUCGAGCUCGUUGGGUUCGUCGACUUCCGUGCCUAUUUCAGCUGUCGGGUCAGUUUCCGCGCUACAGGAUCAAAAGACUCUGGUAUCGAAUAGUGAAGGUUCUUUGGAAGAUCCACAGGAGCUGGAGAAGAGCGAGAUCAACGAUGCUGUCACCAAGGUGUUGCAGGGGUAUGACUGGACUUUGGUACCGAUAGCAUCGAAAGCUGCUUCUGACAAAAGGAAGUUACAUGUCAAGAGACCAAUGAACGCUUUCAUGGUUUGGGCCCAAGCAGCACGAAGGAAAUUAGCGGAUCAGUAUCCCCAACUUCACAAUGCUGAGCUCUCAAAGACCCUUGGAAAAUUAUGGAGGGUUCUCAGUGAUAAUGACAAGAAACCAUUCAUCGAAGAAGCUGAACGUCUGCGCGUUAUCCACAAACGCGAACACCCAGACUACAAAUACCAACCGAGAAGGAGAAAGCAGAACAAAGGCUCAGACUCCAUACAUCAUCAGCAUCAACUCCCUCAAGGUCAAAACGUAACUUUCUCUCGUUCCAUGAAACAGGAAGAACCUUCUUGCAGUCCUAGAAGCCACAGCUCCACAUCUCCAUCUACCUGUUCCUCCCAACCUAAUAGCCCACAAAUCCCGUCCCAUCAGAUAUUGAGGCCUUGCGACCAGCAUAACUUGGAUCUGGACUCCUACCACAGGAUUCCAGAAAUAGACAAUACUUACCUUCCGGACGAAUGUUUGGAUAGCAGCGACUUAGACCAGUAUUUCCCCUCGGAAGUGCAGUACCAAACCUACCAGCAAAUGUAUUUGAAGCGCGGCCAAGAUGAGGAAGAAACUAAUAAUAACUACAAGCAUAAGAAAAUUAGCAAUGAAUCACUGGAAGAAAACAUUUCUCUCGGCAGGUAUCACGAGAUGCAGUCCAGACCAGACAGAUAUUUGCAACCGACAUCAUCUGGUGUGUAUUCUUACUCACCUAGUGCCUCUUCAUACUAUUCGAGUAGUAGUCAUCAGUAUUCACCUUCUUAUCAGUAUUUGCCACAGAGGCCGCCAGUGUUCAAUGCAUCUUCUACUGUAGGAAACUUUGCUGCAGUAGAGGGAGGUAAUAAUGAAGCCUGGGGACAUUACAGUGCUUGAUUUUUUAGCAAGUGUCGAGGACUUUUUGAGAAAGAAUCUCCAGCUUAAUUUAAUCAGAAGAAGGUUUCAUCUACUAGGCCUACACUAGUUAUUCCACAGUUGUGCGUGGAGAGAAAAUAUUGAAGCGUGGAAAUAUUCUAGUGCGUGAUUUAUAAUAAUGCAUACGACUGAAACAACAUCGAUUUUGUGUAGUAAAAUCUCCAUUAUUUUAUUAUGACCUACCUUCUUUUGAUAUUUUAAGACGUGUAUAUUAAUUGAAAAGACAUGUAAAUCUGAUGAUUUCUCUGUGCCAGUGAGCUAUUGGUUCAUAUAGUAGUUAGUCAGCAGUGAUUUGAUUGAUUUUUGUAUGAUGGUGAGAAUGUAUAAUUAUUAUUGUUGGCAAGGGAUGGAUAAAUAUCCAUAAAAAAGUAAGUG